CAGCGAGAAACAUACUAUAACUUAUCCUACUCACGAAAGUUUGCCGAUCACAGGCGUGAAACGACGUGGCAUUGGUCAUAUCGUUAUACGCCUUUUAAGAAUGGCGCGGGUGGACCAGCGAGAAGCGUUAAGAGUUGCUGAAGAUUUUGCAGAUGAGAUUUUACGACAUGGAAAACAUGUACUUCCCACAUUAGCUCGUCUUUGUCUUGUGAGCACUUUCUUAGAAGAUGGUAUUCGAAUGUGGAUGCAAUGGAAUGAACAGCGAGACUACAUGAAUGUGUCUUGGGGCAUUGGUUGGUUCUUAGGUUCAGCAUUUGUGUUGAUAAAUUUAGUUGGGCAAUUAGCAGGCUCAGUAAUGGUACUUGCUCGACUUAAAGUUGAUGCUGCUUGUGGUCUCCUCUUUUUUAUUGUUUUCCUUCAGACGAUUGCAUACAGUAUCUUGUGGGAUCUUCACUUCCUUUUAAGGAAUCUUUCUCUUGUUGGAGCUCUUUUGCUGUUAAUUGCAGAAAGCAGAGUUGAAGGAAAAAGUCUAUUUGCUGGGAUUCCAACACUAGGAGAAAACAAGCCAAAAAAUUAUCUUCAAUUAACUGGGCGCAUUCUGCUGGUUUUCAUGUUCGUCACAGUUCUGAAAUUGGAACUCAGCUUUUUCCAAGUCAUCCAAAAUAUAGUGGCUUCAGCACUUAUGGUACUAGUCACUGUGGGUUAUAAAACAAAGCUAUCUGCAUUAGUUUUAGUUUUAUGGUUAUCUUGUUUAAAUUUCUAUUCAAAUGCAUGGUGGACACUUCCUUCAUAUAAACCAAUGAGAGAUUUUCUAAAGUAUGACUUUUUCCAAACUUUAUCUGUUGUUGGUGGAUUGCUUAUGGUAGUAUAUUUAGGUCCAGGAGGUGUAAGUAUGGAUGAGCACAAGAAAAAAUGGUGAUCUUUAUAAUUGUGUAUUGUCCCAUUUGCUUGUUAUUUCUGUCUUCAAGGUGUCUAAAUAAACAAUUUUUGAGGAAUUUUAUACUUUUAAAACACUGUGUGCUAUUUUGAGAAAUAUGUUCAUAUCAUUUUUCAGAGCUUUGUGAAAAUACUCAACAUUGGGCAUGUUCAGCAACAUUAAAUUACCAUUUUUCAUGUGUAACUUACAUAUUUUAAUUUAUGCAGUCAUUAUAUGAUAAUAAAAAUGAAUUCUUUUUUGCACUGAGUUCAUGAUGUCUAGUAUUAAUUAUUAUACAGUUUAAUUCUAAGUAUAGGUAAAUGCACCUAAAAUGAAUAUAUCACUUAUUGUAAAUUAAUUUCUUUUUGUGUGUAAUGGUAUAAAACGUUGUAUUUUUGUGGAUUUGGUAAUUAUUUUACGCCUAAUGAUUGCUCAUUCUGUACUAAAUCAAAUUAUUAAUAAUAAUAAUCAUUUCAUUUUCGGAAGAGCUAGAAUAAUGAUUGUGAAAAUGUCAGUCUUUUUAAUUUUUUCAUAAUUAUUGUAAGGCUAAGGUAUUUUUUAUGAUUUUACUGUAAUGUAAUUUCAUCUGCUUUUAUUUCAGUUCAAGAAAUAAAAGCAGAUGAAAUAAAUAUGUAAUCAUUGAACAAUUUAUUUUAGAAAGAAAAGUGUUUUCGUUUUGAAAUAACUAAAACAAGAAAACUUUUUAUAAUUUUGGGUAUUUCGUAGUUGCACAUUUCGUAUGAUACUAACAUGUUUCUUGAUAAACAAAGACUUUAAAAUGUUAAGUAAAUAUAUAUAUAUGAAAUCCUGUGUUUGGCUGAUAUUCAUUUCAUCUCCUGUGAUCUUGUGCGGCUGAAGUUUAAAUCUUAAUUUUUACCACUAUUUGCUACUCCUUUUAAUAAAUUUGAUUACAAAUUUUUAAAUGUUAACUGUUUUUUCUGUAAUGAGGAAUAUAAGUUGUAGUUCUGAUUAUUUCUAUGAUCAGGUUUAAGUAUUCUAAUUAAUGAGGGCGAUAUUGUGCCAUGUGGGUUUUUAAGUAUAUUUUAUUAUUUGAAAUAGCAUCAAGUGAUUAAUAUAUUAAGGACCAAAAAAUAAUUAAUAUUUGUAUUAAGUUUUGUUUAUGUAAAUUAUCCAUUCACUCACACUCAUGAUCUCUGUAAAUCAUACUAAUGCACUGGGGGGGGGGAAUUCCAACUGAGGAAGGAAGUCUUAUUUCACUUAUUAGAAGUUUGCUAAAUGAAUAUUUUAUCAUUUUUAUUUCACUUUAACAAAUAAAAAAAAUAGACUUACAAAUUUCCAGGUUGUAUAGAUUAAACAGCAGCUAAAUAUUUAUUAUCUAGAGUUAGUUAUGAUGGUCUCUGGUAUUUUUGUUAAAGCUACACCAUAACAGAAAGGAAUAAAAUAAUAUAGUUAAUGGUAAAAGAAAGAACAGUUGGUAUUCAAAAUUUCUAGACAUUCCAGAUUCUUGAUUAUCUGCACUGCAUGACAUAUAAUAUUUUAUAUCCUGCAAUUCAGUUUGGCAAAUUAUUACUCCACUAUUCCAUCCUAUUAAUGAUGACUAUGUUAUAUGUUUUUUAGUUUUGUUAAAUUGGCAACUGGUGGGAUAUGAUAAUUUGCAGAACUAAUCUUAUGUCUGAGAUAUUGAUGAGAGCUCCAAUACCAUACAGAGGAGCUCAGCAGACGUCAUUUAGCUAAUAACCAGCCACGUACUUGCAUUGUUGCCUGGAUCUCUUAUUUAAUAAGGGUACAUUUUUCUGUGGGGUUUAUGUUAAAGACUAGAUACUGGUUUCAUUCCUAACCAAAAAAUUAGCUAGAAUAGAAACAGUAGAAAACUAUGAUUAUCACUAAGGUUGAUGAGGUACUAUCACAGCAAGCAAGAGUGCAGUGCAGAUAGUUGUGCUGUGUCAUGAAGAACCAGUUUUUUGAGAAUUUUUAGAAUAUGUAAAGUAGCUUUAACAUUCCUUUUUCUGAUAAUAUCAAAUGUGAGAGAUGGAUGAUGAAGUCCAUUAUUAUUUCAUAACGUUCUGUUACAAUGUAAUAGACACUAAAAUCUAGAGGAUGUUGUGAUUUACAUUGUAUUUUUAACCAGAAUAUUAAAAUUUCUCUUGGGAUUAAUCUACUAAUUAUAUAAAAGAAAUGUUGGAAUAACUGUAGAGAAUUGUACUUUAAAAAAUUAUUCUUGUUAAAUUGUUGCAGUUAUUUAACUGCAGUUUUUGAAGUAUUCGCAUAUCUUGUAUUCAUAUUUUACCCAACUCUAAGUAACCUGCAUUUUCUUGUGUAUACUUACAUUUCUAAAAAAAGGGGGGUUGUGUAUUUUAUUUCCUUAAGUAUUUAUUCCAUUCAUACAUUGUCAGUUGUCAUUAAAAUUAAAUGCAUUGUCAAUUUUAAUGUGUAAAAUCUGUCGUAAUACUAUAAAUGAUUUUUUUAUGUGUUUAGAGGAUGAUAUUCAAGAACAAUUUGUUGAUUAUUUAUUUCUCUGCUAUAUCUAUUAGCAGCUUAAACAAGUAGCUUUUAUAUAAAAACUACCUAUUAUGAAAAUUAAUGGUUCUAUUAUAGCUAAAACAUUAAUCAUUAAAUUUGUGACUGAUCCCUCUUUGUUUAUGAAAUUUUUUUCCAAGUGUAUCUCCAACCUGUAUUGUUGAUGAAAAUGUUUUCUAAUUAUAUCUAGUUUAAAAAAAUAGAGAACUGUUCUCAUGGACUCAGCAUUUUCACAAAAUUUUCAUAUACUAGUUUCAUAACAUUCUGCAUCUUAUUUUUUAAAAAAAAUUAUCUGGAAGCAUAGGUCUAGAGCUCUUAUUUAAAUAAAUAAAAUCCAAAUUCGAAAUAUUAUUUUAAUUUAAUUUAUUUUUUAAAUAAUCUAUGUAUUUAUUAUUUCGGUUAACAUGCAUUAUCUUCAAAGCAUUUUUAUAAAGCUUAAUUACACCAAUAUCUGAAUUUGAUCUGUUACACGAAUGCCAUGCAGUCAAUAUUUAAAAAAAGUUCAUAAUUUUUUUUAAAUGCACUGCAUAACCUGUGUUUCAAUAAAUAAACAUCUUCAAGACAGCA